AUGACCGUCAACCAGAAGACCGUUCAGGAAGUCAUUGAGACUAUUCCGGAAAAAUAUCGCGGACCGGGUGGUGCUAUUGCCGUUCUGCAGGAUGGCAAGCUCGUCGGUCAGCAUGUCUGGGGGUUUGCGGAUUUAGACCAGCGGAUUCCCUUGACACCGGAGACUCAGAUGCCUAUUUGCUCGAUCACCAAGCAGUUUGUUUGCGCUGUGUUGCUUGAUCUGGAACGCAAUCCUACGCCUGCUAUUGCUGCUAAGGGAGACGUGCGGAAGCAGGUUACGGAUAAGUUGGCAGAGUUGCUUGGUCCGGAGAUCAUUCAAAAUAGCGGCUUGACACUCGAUAACUUGUACGACAUGCAAUCGGGUCUGCGCGAUUACUGGGCCAUGACCACUCUCUGGGGUGCUCAUCCGGAACAGGAGUUCUUGGUUGAAAGAGAUUGUCCGCCCAUGCUUGCUCGGACGAAAUCUUUCCAUUUCAAGCCCGGAACGGAAUACUCCUACUGCAAUGUCAACUUUCACAUUCUCGCACGAGCCCUUGAGCGCGUGGCUGGGGAGCCAUUGGGCAAGCUGAUUGCCGAUCGAGUUCUCGCUCCAGCGGGCAUGACUACUGCGCUGCUCUGCCCUCACACCGGAAAACACCCAGGACCGUGUGUGGGCUACGAAGGGGACGAGAAGCGUGGAUUCCUGCCGGCCCCCAACCGCAUGGAAUGGUCUGGAGACGCGGGACUGGUGGCUUCGCUCAAUGACAUGAUCGCCUACGAGAAGUUCCUGGAUCGCAGCUAUUCCGAUCCAAAUAGCUGGUAUCGCGCCGCCACUGAGAAACCGACUUUUGCAGACGGCACCCCUGCACCGUAUCAUUAUGGUCUAGGCCUCUCUAGCUACUCUGGCGUCGACACUUGGGGUCACGGUGGCGGACUGCGCGGAUAUCGACUGCUGCGCCAACAUGCACCAGCCGAACGAGUUUCUGUUUUGGUCAUGUUUAAUCACGAAGCCGACGUCGGGUCUCCGACGGAGGAUAUUUUAAGAGCAAUUCUCAAUCUACCACGGCCCGUGGUCCCUCCCGUCAAGCCUGCUGCAGAAUGGGUGGGCACUUUUCUUGAUAAAGACACUCAGUUGGCUAUUACCGUGGCCAAUGGUACGAAGGAAGGGGAAAUCUCUAUCAGCUAUGCCGGUCACCCCGAGACUAUCAAGCUGAGUGAUGCGCAUCACGGCAAAUCUCCCAGUAUGACCGCGACAAUCGAGGGUGAUUCGUUGCGCAUUCAUCGGUUGAAGGAGAACCGCCAACUCGACGCUCGACGGAUCAUCCGUGACGAGAAAUUCAAGGAUGCAUCUCUGCAGGGUGAUUAUCAGUGCGCUGAAAUCGAGUCCACUUUCCACAUUGUUGGCGAGGGAGCUAUGCUGUAUGGAUCCUUCGAUGGGUAUUUGGGCCGUGGUCCUGUUAGCACGAUGAAAUACCUGGGCGAGGAUGUAUGGGUGUUUGUUUGUCCUCGGGGCCUGGAUGCGCCAGCGCCAGGGGACUGGACUGUGGUUGUUCGGCGUGAUGCGCAGGGGAGCGUGGCUGGGGUUACGAUUGGGUGCUGGCUGGCGCGACGCGUGGAAUUCACCCGCAUGUAA